AUGUUACGUAGUGAUGCUUACCGUCAUCAUUUUAAUGCUCUUCCUCUCUUUCUCUCUCUUCUCCUUUCCCUUUCUCGAACCCAGUGAGAUUCAUCUCUUAAUGUAUGUUAUUUCCCUGUCUUCUUCUUCGAUUUUUGGAUGUUCCCGCUUCAUUCUUAAAACACCCAUGUCAAUAUAUAUAUUUCAGACUUAUAAACUAAAAUAAUGAACUUAUUUUUGUCUUUAUAGAUAAUAAUAUAUAUACUUGAGUGAGUGAUAUAUAGUGGUAUUUAUGAAAUCCCAUAUUAAUUUACAUUCUCCUGAUUACUACUAGUUUGUAUCUGUUAUAUGUUUGUCUGUUUGCUUUACUGAAUAUUGUUCAUAGAGAAAUUACAAAAUUGAUGGGAAACUCUGAGAAAAUGUUACUCAUCUCUUCACCUUCUAAUGAAUGGUCAUCACAGAAGAAGAAUGAUGAAUUAGAUGAAUAUCAAGGAAACUUAAACAACAACUGCAAUAUGGGUACAGCUGCAACCGUAUCAAUAACUGGUGCUGUAGAUCAGAAAAUCACUCAUCAAGAUUUUCAACAACAACAACAGGUUUCUCAACAACAAAAAACACCAUCGCAGCAGCAGCUACAACAACAACAACAAGGUUUAAGAUGUCCUCGUUGUGAUUCAACAAACACCAAGUUUUGUUACUACAACAACUACAGUUUAUCACAACCAAGAUAUUUUUGUAAGGCUUGUAAAAGGUAUUGGACUAGAGGAGGAACACUUAGAAAUGUUCCUGUUGGUGGUGGUUGUAGGAAGAAUAAAAGGGUUAAACGACCUUCAUCAUUUACUUCAUCUUCUUCUUCUUCUUUUAUUAAUAAUACUUCAUUAACUAAUAAUAAUAGUAAUACUAAUAGUAAUACUAGUCUAGAAGAAGCUUCUGUGAAUGGGCAUAAUUUUCAUGAUUUGGGUAAUCAUCCUCUGUUUUAUGGCUUACCCACUAAUCAUUCUCCUAAUUCUAACAUUAAUUUUCCAUUUUCAAGGUAUGAUCUUCAAAACCCAUCUCAAAUUAAUGGUCUUGGAUUAGGGUUUUCAUCUGGGUUUGUUCAUACUAUCAACAACAUGAAUCUUCUUCAUCAUCCACAUUCCCCUCAAAAUCCUAAGCAAAUUUUUCAUGAUUUGAUCUCAUCAAACCCUUUACUUUUGCAUCCAAUGAAGGGAGCUAAUAAUUUCCAAACAAUAUUACCUUCUUAUGAAGAUCAUGAUCUUCAUAUCAAAAAUGUGAAAAUGGAAUUUGAUGGGCAAAAUAGAUCAUUAGAUCAUCAUUGGAAUCAUACUACCCAAAAUCAAAUAGAUGAUGUUCAUCAAACUAUGGUUUCAUCUUCAGAUCCAUCUAUUAUUUGGGGUAGUAGCACUACUAGUACUAAUAAUCUUUCUACUUGGCUUGAUCCUUCAAAUAAUCCAGUUCCAUCUUUGAUCUAAUAUCCUUAAAUCUUUCUUCAUCAUCUCCUUCUUUGUUCAGUUCAUCCUACUCAAAAACAAAAAAAUAAAAAAGUUGGCCUAUUUUUCAUAUAGAAGAUGUACUAGCUAGCUAGCUAGGUGUUUGUUGUUCUUUUGGAUAUUAAAUCUAUCAAUGGAGGUGCUUGGAUCUGCGCGUUCAUGUCAGCUGCAAGCAGGUACGUGAUUCUAUAGUGGUUGGCUUUUAACGAGCUGAGUUCAACUUAUUUGCGCUGAGAGGAACCUCGGAUCCGAUAACUGAUUACAUUCAUCAUCAACAUUAUGUUAUCAUCAACAUCAUUAUCAAUAUCAUCAUCAUCAACAUUGUGGGAACAAAAGAGAUAAUUUACUGGUGGGAAAGAGGUAUACUUUCAAACUGAUGCAAAGAUUAUAAAAGUUCCCAAAUUUUAUAUGUGAUUUUGGGUUUAUCUUCUUCGAUCAUAAUUCACUUUUGGUUAUAUGUAUAUAUUCGCAAACACUAAUAUGUUCUACAUUCCAUGCAUUGUACUUUUUUAAACUUAAAUGAGUUUUUAUUGUAAAA